GUCUUACUGUCAUUUAUUGUUUCAAUACUCAACAUCGAAAUGUCUUUGGGUUAGUUGACCUCAUGCUUUGUCCCGUGGGUGUACUCAAUUCCACGAGUAUUGAUUCAUUUGCUUUGGACUGUAGUCGAACAAAGCCGGAAUCGACGCUUCAUAUAGUUCACAACGCCGACAGUUUCGUGACGAAAAACAGCCGCUGCCGCGUUUUGCGUCGGCUGACCGCAGCGCUGCUACUGGCAAUGAUAUGUGCGGCCGCACACGGUGGCGACGACGACAUCACUCACUCAUUUUGCUGAGAAACUUUGAAGUGAGAGCGUAUGUAUCGCUGUCAAGGGAGCGGGAUGUCUUUGCCGUUUGCAGAUUGAGCUCCGGUCUGAAAUGCGUGUGCCAGCUGUGCGACAGCCAAGUGUGCGAGACGUCCGCCGACGGCGCCUGCUGGAACUCGGUGAUGCUGGUCGAGGGUCGCGAGGAGACGCUCAAGUCCUGCCUGUCGCCGUCGCAGAUGAGAGGGCAGCUGUUCUGCUUCAGCUCCCCCAACGUCUCCAAGAGGAACUGCUGCUUCACCGACUUCUGCAACAACGAGACGCUGCACUUACAGCCCGAGAGGCCUUUGGAAACCGGCGACGGUGGCAGCAGGCUGCAGUUGGCCGCGGUGAUCGUGGUGCCCUCGUGCCUGCUGUGCGUGGGCGUCGCGGUGGGGGUGUUGGUGGUGGCGCAGCGCCAGCGCUGCGUCUACAGCCGGGCACGCAAACAUGACCCGGAGGAAGCCCUGGAUGAACACAUGCUCAUGUCUCCUGACAAAUGUCUCAAAGAUCUCAUCUACGACAUGAGCACUUCAGGCUCGGGAUCAGGGCUUCCACUGCUGGUCCAACGAACGAUAGCGCGGACCAUCGUCCUCCAGGAGAGCAUCGGGAAAGGUCGCUUCGGUGAGGUUUGGCGAGGAAAGUGGCGAGGAGAGGAUGUGGCUGUCAAGAUCUUCUCCUCCAGGGACGAGAGGUCUUGGUUCCGCGAGGCCGAGAUUUAUCAGACCAUCAUGCUCAGACAUGACAACAUCCUCGGUUUCAUUGCGGCUGACAACAAAGACAACGGCUCGUGGACGCAGCUGUGGUUGGUGUCCGAGUACCACGAGCACGGUUCGUUGUUCGAUUACCUGAACAGGUACACCUUGUCGGUGGAGAGCAUGGUCGUCAUCGCUCUGUCUGUAGCCAGCGGCCUGGCUCAUCUCCACAUGGAAAUUAUUGGCACACAGGGGAAGCCAGCCAUCGCUCAUAGAGACCUGAAGUCAAAGAAUGUGUUGGUGAAGAAGAACGGCACGGCGGUCAUUGCCGAUUUGGGCUUGGCCGUGAAACACGACUCUGGCACCAACAGCAUAGACAUCCCCACCAACCACCGAGUGGGAACCAAGAGGUACAUGUCCCCUGAAAUCCUGGACGAGACCAUCAACAUGAGCAACUUCGAGUCGUUCAAGCGGGCCGAUAUCUACUCGUUGGGUUUAGUGUACUGGGAACUGGCCAGGAGAUGUUCAGUCAGAGGACUUCACGAGGAUUUCCAGCUGCCUUAUUAUGAUCUGGUGCCUUCAGAUCCCUCGGUGGAAGACAUGAGGAAGGUGGUGUGCGAGCAGAAGCUGCGACCAAACAUUCCAAACCAGUGGCAGAGUUGUGAGGCUCUGCGCGUCAUGGGCAAACUGAUGCGAGAAUGCUGGUACGCCAACCCCGCCGCCCGCCUCACCGCCCUGCGGGUCAAGAAGACUGCCGCUCAGCUUUCCGCCAUCAGAGACGUCAAAGAGUAGAUUCAUUUGUUAGCCCGACGAUGGGUUAGCGAUGGUGCUGCUGGAUUGGGACCACCCCAGGAAGGUACCGUCCCGGGCCCACAUGGUCUUCAGAAUACAACCACAGAGAGUCGAUUGAGGUUGUUGUCGGUGCCAAAGGAUAAUGGGAGAUGCCUGUGGCAGCUUAGCACCACUGUUAUGGUUAUUAGAACCAAAAAGGUUGUAUUAAAAACAUAAUGUAUAAACCUUUGCUACCUCGCAUAUUGAAGUGCCGGAAAAUUGCUCCUAGUCAGUCACCUUUGUUGUGCCAUGUCUUGUAGCGAACACAAUGUUGUAAAAGGUAAGUAGCGUGCUAUUUGCAAAGGUUACUCAGUCAGUCAGCCAUACUUACCGUACUCUUAAAUGGCACUCGCAUAGGACAUCUCGGACAAUGUGCAUGUUUAUUUUGAAAUUAAAUGUCCAAACUAUUUGUGGAAAGAGAGGCACUUUGUAUUUUGCACCCCAAAUCAACAGGGAGCAGCAGUGAUCCAGCGCCCCUUACUUACUUCUUUCAAAGAAGAUGUAUGGCAGCGGAAUCUCAAAUAGUUAAAUACAAUCCUUUCCGUGACUCGGAUCAACAUGCAUUUGAUUUGGAAUUUUGAAGGAUUUUUUUUCAGUCGGAAAUAAUUGAACCAGGCUUCAUUACAUUUAAGUCCCUGUAAAGUGAAAAUAAAUAUGUCGUGUAAAUUUGACCUACCCCAAACAAGUGAUAUUA